CAGUAAAUUCGCAGGAAAAACGCAUAUGUUAUUAAUUAUAAAAGUAACUUCAAAUGAUGAAUACACUAAUAUUUAGUGCAGACGAUGUAAACAAAAAUGGCCAAUGUGUGCAGACGGAUUUGUUCUGGUCUUGGACAAAGAUUGGCGUUAAACCCAUCGUCUAGAAAUUUUGCCUCAAGUCCCAGAUGCUUUGAUAAUAAGGAGCACAUAUUCACUUCUGAACACGACGAACUUCGAGCUACGUUAAGAAAGAUUAUUGAUAAAGACAUCAAUCCUUAUGUAGAUGAAUGGGAAGCUGAGGGAAUUUUUCCAGCACACAAAGUCUUUAAGACACUUGGAAAUGCUGGUAUUUUAGGGGUAUCAAAACCAACAGAAUAUGGAGGUCUGGGUUUGGAUUAUUCUUACAGCUGUGCUAUGGCAGAAGAAUUAGGUACCAUUAACUGUGGGGCUUUACCCAUGGCUAUAGGUGUCCAAAGUGAUAUGGCAACUCCUGCUUUGGCUAGAUUUGGAAGUGAUAAAUUAAAGAAAGAAUAUCUUGCACCUUCUAUUAGUGGUGAUUUAGUUGCAUGUCUUGGAGUUAGUGAAGUUAGCUCAGGAUCGGAUGUAGCAAGCCUUAAAACAACUGCUGUGAAGAAGGAUGGUGAUCUUAUUAUAAAUGGUGGUAAAAUGUGGACAACGAAUGGAACACAAGCAGACUGGAUGUGUCUACUAGCUAAUACAUCAGAUGGCAAACCUCAUCAAAAUAAGUCUCUUAUUUGUUUACCAAUGAAAUUACCAGGCAUAACUAUUGCAAAAACAAUAGACAAAUUGGGAAUGAGAAGUUCAGAUACAGCACAGAUAUUUUUUGAAGAUGUUCGAGUUCCAGCAAGUCAUAUUAUUGGAGAUGAAGGAAUGGGUUUUACAUAUCAGAUGUUACAAUUCCAAGAAGAGAGAAUAUUUGCAACUGCUGCUGCUUUAGUUCCUUUGGAUACUCUAAUCAAACUAACUGCAGACUAUGCAAGAGAUAGAAAAGCCUUUGGUCAGUCUAUUUUAGACAAUCAAGUUGUUCACUUCACACUAGCAGAGCUUGCUACAGAAGUUGAAAGUCUGAGGUCCAUGUUGUACAGAGCUGUAGGUCAGUAUAUACAAGGACAUGAUGUCACAAUGUUGGCAUCAAUGUGUAAGCUAAAGGCUGGUAGAUUAAGUCGUCAAACUACAGAUUCAUGUCUACAGUUCUGGGGAGGAAUGGGCUUUACAAAUGAAGUAUUAGUCAGUAGAUUAUACAGAGAUUUUCGUUUGUUAUCUAUAGGAGGAGGUGCAGAUGAAGUUAUGCUAUCCAUUAUAUGUAAAUACAUGGACAUUCUUCCAAAACCACAAAAGAAGAAAUAAAGUCAAAACAUUUUAUUUUUAAGGGCCUUUUGUAUGUAACAUUUUAUCUAUGUACUGGCUUACUGGUUCAGAGGGGGAUUGUGAAAAAAGUAACUUAUUACUAGUGUUCAUUUGCAAUUUUUCUUCUUUUGAAUUUUUUUUUAAUCCUGUUACCCCUGGUCACCUAGGGGCAUCUGCAUUAUUCUACUUAAUUUCUAAAUUUACCAAAUUUUGGUUAUUGAAAAAUUGUUUCAACUUGGUCUGCAUUGAUGCUAGCUAGUCCAAAUAAUUAUGAGGUCUUGAAAGUUUUUUUUAGUUUUUUGCUGUGACACUUUCGACGCCUUCCUACAUAGAAAAGUCUCUGCAAAAUAAAAGAAGAAUAGCCAUUCAAGACAUCAUACAUAUUUGAACUACAAUGGUGCAUGGUUUGCUGUUGUUAAGUUAAGUUUAAAGGUCAUACUGUGGAUUUAUUUAUUUUCGUGGGUAUCAAUUGUCAUUGAUUGCUCAACACUUGCAAAUUUGAGAAUAUUUGGUAUCGUGGUAGCGAAUGUAUAAAAAGCCUAUUAAAAAUAUACUGUUCGUUUAAGAUUCGAAUUCGUGGUUCACCUGUACCCACGAUACCAGGAAAAUUAGUAUCCAACAAAUAAUUAUGAAUCCACAGUAUGGCAAUUCAAGUUAAAGAAUGAACUCUUCCCUUUCUACAAAUGACCAGGGUAUUUCUUGAACCUUACCAUAGUGGUAAUACAUUUCUAUAAAAUUCCUAAUCCUCUUAGUCCCCUAACAGCAAAUGUAUCAUCAAUAAUGAGUACAAGUUUCUAUUUUAUAUAAAUUUUUAGUACCUCAUAUAAGUUUAGGGUAUAUUUGAUUUUUACAGUCCUCCUCUGUGCAUUGUUUUCUCUUUUAUAUACUCAGGGAAUUCAUUGUCUAAUUAAACUUAAAAUAGGAGAGAUACAUGUACCUUAUAGUAUAAGUUUGUAAAAAAGAAUUACCGGGUAGGCAUAAAACAUUCCCAAUUAUUUUUUAGUGUUAUAAUUAUGUGAAUUAAAAUGAUGAAUUUAAAUAACAAUACUAGAAGGAUUUAAUUAAAAGAAAACAUGUUCUUUAUUCAAAUGUAGUAGACAAAUAUAUUUUAUAAGUUUUGUAUACUAUUGGUUAUGCAUGUAAUUAAAGGAUUUUAGAAAAGCACGACAGACAUUUUUUAAACCUCACGAUCAAAUGUCAAAGAUUAUAGUUUUUACACCUUUCUCUUUUUCUUUGAUAAUGAAUACAAAUUAUAUUACUUGGAGAUUUUAGUACAAAAAUUUCAUUUGUGAUGUCACUUGGAAGUCAUAAGCAUGUCUAAAUUGGUAAAUUGGUAAUUUACAUAAUUAAUCUUCAAAUGGGCACUUUACACAUAGUUUUUGCACAGAUAGAUAUGAGCUUACCCAUCAAGAUAUUUUACCUUUUCAAAUCGAGUUUCAUAAAGUUAUGUUAUCAGUCAAUAAUUCUUGAUGAAGU